AUGUGGUGCUUGCAGGUGUCGCUCGCAUUCCUCGGCGAUUCCGUCUGGGAGCUGUACGCCCGCACGCACCACUUCUUCCCGCCCUCGCGCGUCAAGUCGUACCACAAACGAGUCGUCGCAGACGUCAGGGCGGAGCGGCAAGCCAGGCUGUGCGAGGAGCUGGACAGGGGCACGUGGCUGUCGGACGCCGAGCGCGAGGUCCUCGCGUGGGGGCGGAACGCCAACGUCAAGCCGCCGCGGAACCUCUCGGCCAAGGAGUACAAGGACGCGACGGCGGUGGAGGUCCUGUGCGCGUACUUGUAUCUGACGGACCCGGAGGGCAGGUUCCCGCAGCUGAUGGAGCACGCGUUUCCCCCAGCGCGUGCGGACGCGUGA